CGCUCGGCGGCGCCGGCCCCCGCGUCCGCGCCCCCGAGCCGGCCGCCGGGGCGCCGCGAGCCUGGAGAAGUUGGCGAGGAGGCCUGGAGAACUCAGGAGUUUUCAGGACGUGCUGCCUCCAGAGCUCUGGAUCCACUUGGCCGUGGUGGCCUGUGGCAAUCGGCUGGAGGAGACCCUGGUCAUGCUCAAAUCCGCCAUACUCUUUAGCCACAGGAAGAUCCAAUUCCACAUCUUCACGGAAGACUCUCUGAAGCCUGAGUUUGAUAAGCAGUUACGACAGUGGCCUGACUCAUAUACAAAGAAGUUUGAGCACAGAAUCUACCCCAUCACGUUUUCGGUUGGAAACCCUCAGGAAUGGAAGAAAUUAUUCAAACCCUGUGCUGCUCAGAGACUCUUUCUUCCGGUGAUUUUAAAGGAUGUGGAUUCACUUCUCUACGUGGACACCGACGUUCUCUUUCUGAGACCCGUUGAUGACAUCUGGAAGCUUCUGAGGCAUUUUAAUGCCACGCAGCUUGCCGCCAUGGCCCCUGAGCAUGAAAUCCCCAAGAUUGGCUGGUACAGCCGCUUUGCUCGGCACCCUUUCUAUGGCUCUGCGGGAGUUAAUUCAGGAGUCAUGCUGAUGAAUUUAACUCGCAUAAGAAGUGCCCAGUUUAAGAACAGCAUAAUUCCAACAGGCUUGGCUUGGGAGGACAUGUUGUACCCUCUGUACCAGAAGUACAAGAAUGCCAUCACGUGGGGAGACCAGGAUUUAUUAAAUAUUAUUUUUUAUUUCAAUCCAGAGUGUCUCUAUGUGUUCCCCUGCCAGUGGAACUACCGUCCCGAUCACUGCAUGUACGGAAGCAACUGCAAAGAAGCUGAGCGGGAAGGCGUGUCUGUCCUGCACGGGAACCGAGGUGUCUACCAUGACGAUAAGCAACCCACUUUCAAAGCACUCUAUGAAGCAAUACGGGAUUUUCCCUUUCAAGAUAAUCUCUUUCAAUCCAUGUAUUACCCGCUCCAGCUGAAGUUUUUGGAGACUGUGCACACUUUAUGUGGACGAAUUCCACAAGUGUUUUUGAAGCAAAUUGAGAAAACAAUGAAAAGGGCUUAUGAGAAACACGUCAUCAUCCAAGUGGGCCCCAACCAGAUGCACUGAAUAUUUUUCAUAUUGUCACAAGUGGAUUCAGCCUCUCAAGGACAAGGCAACGUUCAUCUUUAAGCUGCCUGGAUCUCUUUCGUGUGAAUGUUUAAUGGUGCUCUGUGACAGUUGCGUUUAAAAGGCCUCAUUACAGUUUCCUCAAUUAUUUGCCCCUAAAAGGAAAUAUGCUUUAAUUUUUUUAAAAUUGCUAUUUAUCUCUCUGGUUUUUUUUAAAUUGUAUUAUUACUCACUUAACAUUGUUCAAACAGGUGGAGCUAGCUGUGAAAAGGAACUUUUGUGAGUCUUCCAAUUCCUGUUAAAUGUCUGAGACCACGUCAGUGACAUCUCAUGUGGUGUAUUAAUCUAAUAUUCUUGUGACUCUUUCUAUGCAAUGGACUCCCCCA